AUGCCUCUGCGCUCUUUUGAUCUCUGCACGCCUUUGUUUCGGCUUCCCAGGUGCCAAGGGAAACCGGCCAGCAGUGAGCUCUCCAGCGGCCGGGCCUCCGUCGGCAGCCAGCCCCUCUGGCUCAGCCAGCUGGACCACACGGAAUUAGUCCAGUACUUCACCAUCCACCCUCUGCCUCUCCGCAUUCCGCUCCGGGUUAUCCAGGCCCAAGCAAGAGGGCCCCGCGUCUUCUGCGGCGGUGUCUGCGGGGCUGCGGGGUCCGGCCCGGUUCCGGGACUCAGCCCCGCGCCGGGAGGACCGCGUCGCUGUCCUCCGCCCACCGCCGAGCCUCCGCCUCCAUCAGCCGCCGCGGUCCGCGGACCCUGGGGCGGCCGCUGGGGAGCCCCCCGGGGGGCUGGGGUCUCUCCCUCGCCGAGGCCACAGAGCCGCGCAGGAGCCGGCAGGGAGAGCCAGCCCAGCCCAGUUGUCGUGCUGGGAUGGAAGUCCUGUUCCGUGGAAGCGGCUCUUGUUAAUGGGCAGUGGGGCCUGGGGACGGGGCAAGGCCGUUCAGACAAGGGGCUGACAAAAAAAUAA